AAAUAGGCUGCAGGUCGCCACUACUCUUACUGAUAGAUGAAGAACUGAAGAGAUGGCUCCAACAAGGAUUGAUGCAAAGCCCGGUGACCUGAUCGAGAUCGACCGUGGGAUUUAUCAGCACUGGGCCAUCUACAUCGGUGGAAUGGAAGUUGUUCAUUUGACUACUCCAAAUGGUGAUAUUGCCCUGGAGACCAUAGGAAAGGUGAAGCGUGAGAAAAUCUGGAAAGUGGUCGGCAAUGAUAGAUUCAAGAUCAACAACCUCCUAGAUGAUAAGUACCAGCCUCGUGAGCGUGACAUCAUCGUGAAGGAGGCCUGUAGCAUGGUGGGUCUGAAGAUGCGGUACUCUAUCGUGAAUAGCAACUGCGAGCACUUUGUCACAGACCUACGAUACGGCAUUCCAGAGUCUCGACAGGUUACCACAGCAGCUGCGAUUGGAGGGGCAGUUGUAGUAGGUGUAGGGAUUGUAGCUAUUGGAGCUCUGCUCGCAUCCUGGCUCAAAGAUGACAACAAAGAAGAAAAGAGAGAAGAAAGAAGAGAACCAAGGAGAGAACCAAGGAGACAUUACAAUUGGCAGCAAUGAGACAGCAAGAUGAAAGGAAAGAUCCUGCCAUUGUUCGAGUCAAUUCACCUGGCAGUGAUUAUGAUUUAAACAUUGCGAAUAAACUAUUGUCUUUGUUGUGUAUUGCUAUCAACAUACACACGCACACACACAUACACACAAUAUAUAUAUAACUUUGGAUAAGAUUAGGCAAGCUUUUGUGGAGAAAAAUGAAGUUAUAGGUAAAUCCAUGACUGUUAUGUUUGAUAUUAGUGCUGUUGGGUAGGUUGA